AAGCUGGUUGCCCUUUAAAACUAUCGGUACCGGGUUUCUGCAAUGCCGCGUCUGUGUGAUAUUUAGGGGAUGCAAUCGACUUCCCCGCACCUGAGUUCUCUGGAACUUUAAGUGGUUCUGUUAAUCAUUAGCCGGUCCGGGUUGGAUGUCACACGAAGGGUGUCUACGCUGUCAAUCCCCUCUAAAUGAGAAUGAACGUGUACAGACUUCCAGGCACAAAGGGGUCAUCUGCGUCUUCCAUUCUCUGAAUCUGUGGCUCCUCAGCUUUUGACUUUAGGAGCCCCUGUGUCUGGUACCGUUUAUCGGAGUACUGCACUCAAGAUGGCCACCUCUAGCAUAUUAUUAGGAAGAAAGAAAAUCAUAAUUAUUAGUCUGCUGGCUGUCUCCAUCGUCACCAUCAUCCUAGGGCUUGGUCUAGGGCUCGGACUGCAGCUGGAGGACUGUCGCAAGAAAGAUGCCCACAUUUCCUGCAGGAACCGCUGCUAUGAGCCCUUCGACACCGAGACCCCCGGAUGCCGCUGUGACGCCCAGUGUGGGACUAGCGGGGGCUGUUGCCAUGACUACAUUGACCUCUGCGUCACACCUAGUCAGCAGUGGGAAUGCACCAAUUUACGCUGCAGUGAGAAGAGGCUUUCUGAGAGUAAAUGUCACUGCUCGGUUGACUGCAUGGAACAUGGAGAUUGUUGCACCAACUACGAGAGUGUCUGCAAAGGUGGAACAGAGUGGAAGGAGGAUGUCUGUGAGGAUAUAGUGGACCCUCAAUGUCCAGCCAGCUUUUCCCGGCAGCCGCUGCUCCUCAUCUCACUGGACGGAUUCAGAGCUGAGUACCUGAAAACGUGGAGCACGAUACUCCCAGUGAUAGACAAACUGAGAACAUGUGGAACCCACAGCCCCUACAUACAAGCGGUAUUUCCCAGCACGACCUACCCCAAUCACUACACCAUCGUCACGGGUCUCUACCCCGAGUCUCAUGGCCUGGUCGAAAACAGCAUGUACGAUCCUGUCUUCGAUGCUUCCUUCGACCUCUCAGGCACAGAGAAGGAAAAUCCCAGGUGGUACCUGGGCCAGCCCAUCUGGCACACAGUCAUGAACCAGGGCCUGAAAGCCGGAACGUUCUUCUGGCCGGGCUCCGACGUCCAAAUCAAUGGGAGUUUUCCAAAUAUAUAUGAAGUCUACGAUGGGAACGUGCCUUCUGAGGAGAGGGUGUUUAAGGUAUUGCAGUGGCUCAGACUGCCCGACAACACGAGGCCGGACUUCUAUACCUUAUACCUGGGGGAGCCAGAUAAGUCGGGACACAAAUUCGGGCCGGUCAGCGGUGGGGUCAUAGAGGCCAUCCAGAACUUGGACAGGAUCAUAGGCCAGCUGAUGAACGGACUCAAACAGAUGAACCUACACCGGUGUGUGAACAUCAUCAUCGUAGCCGAUCACGGCAUGGAGGACACCAGCUGCACUCGAAUGGAGUUUCUGGAGAACAUGCUUGGAAACGUAAAUGACCUCUAUGUGUAUCAAGGAGCUUUUGGUAGAAUCCGGUCGAAUAUCAAAGGACAGAGCUUGGAUUCCGCACAACUUGUGGCCAACCUUACGGAUUUCCAAUGCCGGAAACCAAGUCCAAAGUUAAGACCCUUCCAGAAAACUCACCUGCCCAAGCGAUUCCACUACGCCUCCAGCCGACGCAUCGACGACACUGUCAUCCUUGUUGAACCCAAGUGGCUGUUCGCGAGAAACAAAAACACCUACACCUUCUGUGACGGCGGGGCCCACGGAUAUGACAAUGACGCGUACAGCAUGCAGGCCAUGUUCCUGAGCUAUGGACCCAAGUUUCAGUACAAGACUCAAGUUGAGCCUUUUUCCAAUAUUGAACUGUACAAUCUCAUGUGCGAUGUGCUGGAGAUUUCACCUGCCCAGAACAAUGGUACCCAUGGCAGCUUGAACCACCUCCUGAGGAAUCCCAGGCAUGUGCCCCAGGUUCCCGCUGAGCAGACCCCCCCAGGAACCUGCCCCCUCUUUUCUCUCACCCCCACCGAUGACCUGGGCUGUACCUGCACUGGCCAGAACUCUACCUUGCUGAAUAGACGCCUGAAUCUGACCAGCACUGAAGUAUCUGACAGUGAGAAGAGGCACAUGGUGUUUGGGAGGCCACGCCUCUUGCGGCCCGUGUUCCAAUACUGCCUCCUGCACCAGCUGGACUUUGUCAGUGCGUACAGCCAGGCUCUCUUCAUGCCCCUCUGGACCUCCUUCACCCUGUCUAAACCCGCAGAUCUGGAGCCCCUUCCUGAGGUCGUCCAGAACUGCUUAAGAGCUGAUGUGAGGAUUGCGGCUGACAGCAGCCCCAGCUGUGACCAGUACACCGCGGCAAGAAACAUCACUCUCGCCUUCCUCUACCCACCCAACCUUAACAGCACGGCAGAGGGCCAGUAUGACGGCCUGCUGAUGUCCAAUGUGGUUCCCAUGUAUCAAGGCUUCAAGAAGAUAUGGGUUUACCUUCAAGACGUCCUUCUGAAGAAGUACGCCCAGCAGUACAAUGGCAUCAAUGUGCAGCUGGGUCCGGCCUUCGACUAUAACUAUGAUGGACUGUACGACACCCAGCACCAGAUCAAAGAAUUCGUCCCUACCAGCUCCAUACCCGUACCCACACAUUACUUUGUGAUUUUAACCAGCUGUGAAAACGCUUCACAGCCGGUGGAAGGCUGCCAUGAGGAAAUGCAGGCCGUGGCCUUUCUGAUACCACACCGGGCGGAGCACACGGAGAACUGCAUGGGUGGCCAGCCGGAGGCCCAGUGGGUGGAGGACUUACUUUGGUUUCACAAAUCUCGGGUGAGAGAUGUCGAGUUGAUCACGGGACUGGAUUUGUACCAGGGAAGCGGCAGACCAGUCGCAGAACUACUCCGGCUCAAGACUCGGCCCACAGCUGCCAUCUCGAAAAUCACAUCAGCGUGAAUUCGUACUUUCGUUCGUUAGAAAAGCUGCAAUGCUGUUCCCGGUUUUUAAACUUUAUACCGCGGUGCCCGUAUACCAUGACCCCCAUGAGUGAUAAAGUUGACACCAACCGUUCCCCCAGCUGUUCCUUGCCCUCCAGAUGACUGGAGUUGAGUUCUGCUUGUGUAUUUUCCACAAAGAAAUGAGUGUCUUCCUCUGAUCUGUUAUACCAUCAUUCACAUUUCAACCAACAGCACAUGCAGCAUUUAGGCACCAAAUGUUUUCCAGGUGUAAUUUGGAUUUAACCAGGCGCAAACUGAGCCAAACGCGGUGAAUCCUGCUGGCCUGUUGCAUGUGUUUUUUAUUUUUUAUCAAUCAAACACAUUUAAUCAAAAAUAUAACCAUAAGCAGACAUGAGCAGACUGAAAGAAAAGGUAACAGACAGUGAAUUGAUCAAAGUUGAAAGCAGCACAUUGGAUGUCUAUUAAUUAAUUGCUAAAGGCCUUGAACAAUAUUUCAAUUUUUUUUAUAAAAAGUAAAAACAUAGAGGCCUUUUUAAGCAACUUAUAUUUCUGAAUAUAGAAUCUGGCUAAAAGAAGAAGCAAAUUAACCACAAAAAUCCUCCCAAAAUUUUUUAUAGGGUUUUUAGGAAUCCCAAAGUAAACAUACGUCUUUAUUAAGUCUGGGGAGAUUCUUUACCUGACAUAAUUUGAAAAAUAUACUGUUUAUAAAAGAUUUACUAUAAUUAGAUUAGAAGUAUCCAAAACAGGUGGGGGUCAAGAUGGGCCCUUAGGGUUAGACUGAAGCAGCAUCCUGGAAGAAUUGGGAAUAGCAUGACAAAAAUGAUUGCAUAUUCUUUUGACGGGACAGGAAAAGGACAUUUAUCCAGAAAAAUUUUAUGAGAAAAUUCACCAUUUUCAAAAAGUUGUGAUACUGAUAGGAUGCUUGUUUUCCAAACCAAGAACAGCAGAAUAAAGUUUUGCGAAGGUUUUCA